GUUUACAGGGAAAAGGUAAAAACUGAUGUGCAAGUUACAAUGCGCUCAGUCUUUGAGAAGUACGAUGGCAAAAGCCCAGAGUCUACAGUUGUGGAUUACCUGCAAGAACAGCUUCACUGCUGCGGGGUUAAGAACUACAGUGACUGGACGACCACCCAGUGGUUUAAUUCCACUGGGAACAACAGUGUCCCCCAGAGCUGCUGCCAGCAGGAGGCCAAGAACUGCACAGGGCAUCUGGAUCAGCCGCAGGAGCUCAACACACGGGGCUGUGCACAGGAAGUGGAGUCUGGGCUGCAGAGCGUUAUCAGCUAUGCCAUGCUUGUAAUCCUGGGGUUCCCUCUUUUCCAGUUCUUCGGCAUGCUGAGCGUCUGUGUGCUUACUUGCAAGAAAGAAGAGAGUGGAUAUCAGCCUCUUUACUCGGGGGUGUUUGCUUAAAAAAACUGAAAAGAACAGUCUUGCUUCCUGAUGAUGAAAUUGACUUGUGAUCAUACCACAGCUUUCUGAAACAUUAUGCUAAGUUUGGACCUGUGACUACAGGUGUGCAGGGUGGUCCAGUAGGCUCCAGAAAGAAACUUUCUUCUGACCUUUUCUCUGCCCCAAAAACAUGCAGCAGAAACGUUAUAUUUUAGUCAGUAAACUGGUGCACACCACAGGAGGGGUUUUUCAGUUGUCUGCACAAACCUAUCAUCCCCAUGAUGUGGUUUAAACAAUAAAAGAAAGUUCUGAAUGCCAGGUUUAAAUACUUUUCAUAGGCACGGGGAUCUGUAGUAUGUUUUUUCCACAUCUGAUUGUGCAGUUUUUCUGGUUUUUUCACCUUUCUUAUGUCAUGUGUUGUAAUUCUGUUUCCUGCAGAGGUUGUUAGUGCAAGACAGCCCUGUGUUUAAAGUCUGGAACAAGCAUUUGUGUGGUUGCUUGGAGCAGCUAGCAAACAUGAAAAAAAAGUUUUAAGCUUUUGGGCUCAGAAUUCUCUCCCUUUUGUUUGUGUGCAAUCUCUUAAUUAUUGACAUUAAAAAUUCCUUCUGAAGCAGGACUUUUGAACAUUUUCUUCCUCUUUUUUUCUAUGGUUUGGCUUGGGGGAUAGUGCCAUACUUCCACCCUGACCACGCUUCUCUGCAAAAACGUUAAAGACUCAUUUUUGUACAAAGCAAUUUCAAUAACUUGCUGUAGAGCUGCUUUUGCACAUUUUCUAUUCUCCUCAAUUCUGCUGGACACAGUCACUUAUUCCUUGGACUGCAUCCCUGCUUUAACACAGUCCUUCUUUAACUCGCUUGUAUGUUAAUCUGUUUAUAAACUCUUCAGGAUUUUGGGGAUAGAGAACGGAAGGAACUGUGAGCUUUUAUGUGUCAGGGAAUUGUGGAACAGCAACAGAGAUUCUGCUGAUUCCUUCCUUGGAGAGAUAAGCAGUCCGUCCUUAACAAACCUUUAUAUUUGUAGCUAUUUAGAAAAAAAAAUGUAUCUUGGGAUCCGUGUAAACUGUUUCAUUAUCUCCAUCCCUACUCCAAGAGAAAAAUAAAGCGAUGAGUGACAGUGUCCUAUAGGAGACACACCAGCAUCAGCACGUGUAUGUUGAAAACGGAGUUUUUACUGAGGUCUUUGUCUUCUGUUAAAUGCUGAAAUAAACUAAAUUUAUACA